CAAGUUCCAGAAUGCCACAUAGGCGUUUAUUGGAGAGGAGGUGCACUUUUGAACAGCACCACACGCCCAGGUUUGGGUCUAAAAUAUACUUUACUUACGCACUUCGAGGUUGUGCGAGUUACUAUGCAAACAAAUUGGGUGGAGGACAUCCCUUGCGGUACAAAAGGGGGUGUUAUUGUCAUAUUCGAUAAAAUUGAGGUUGUUCACCACCUUCAUGAGGACUCUGUCAUUGAAACUCUGCGCGACUAUGGUUUAGGGUAUGAUAACAGAUGGAUUCUUGACAAGAUUCAUCAUGAGGUCAAUGAGUUUUGCACUUCUCAUUCCCUUCAGGAAGUUUAUGUUGAUCAGGUAAGAUACCAUGAAUUUAUGUGUAUGCUAGUAGCCCGUUGGUAAGUUAAUUUGAUGCCAACACAUGAAAUAUUUUUUUGCAAAUUAUUAUCCAAUUGGAAAGUGAUAGAUUCUUACAUAGUGUUUUCACAUAUUGUACUUAU